UCUAAAACGAAACGAAAGCGGUCCUGCAACAUUUACAAUCAGCAAGCGUUGUGCGCAGGUACGACUAAAUAGCGUUUGCAAACAAUUCAGGCACUCAGCUGAGCAGUAUUCCCGCUUGAAUUCGGGCGGCAGCUAGCACCAGAAUGUCUACUAAUCCGAUGCGAAACGUGCUAGUGAAUGGAAACAAACUAUUCAGGACUUUCAACGCCGCGAGAGGUUUGAGUGUGUCCCCAAAUGAAAGUGGAACAAAGAUCCUUAAAUCGCCCCGAAGAGAUGUAGAAAUACCAAAACAAACUAUACCGGAAUACGUUUUUCAACGGAUGGAACAAUUUUCAAAGUACAUCGCUUUUGAAUGUUCGAUCACGAAGAGAAACUACACGUUUGGAGAAGUCAGAACGAAAUGUAGGAAUUUGAGCAAAGCGUUGCGGAAAAAAUUAAAGCUUCAGAAAAGAGACACUGUCGCUCUGUAUAUUCCUAACAUUCCCGAAUUUCCCAUAGCUACGUUGGGAUGUUUGGAAGCAGGUUUGGUAGUUACCACUAUAAAUGCAUUAUACACACCAGAUGAAAUAUCUAGACAAUUAAAAGAUUCCUCGACAAAAGCGGUGAUAACAAUUCCCGAAAUGUAUGAAAACGUAACCGUGGCGAUAGAAAAACUACAAAAGAAGCUGCCUAUCAUCUGCAUCAACACUCAGUCUGGUCAGUCUCUGCCGCAAGGCGCGAUAAAUUUCAAUGAAUUCGCGAACAAUGUAAUCGACAUCCCGGAUUUUGAAAAUGCAGAAGCCAGUGACUUGGCUUUUCUACCCUAUUCUAGUGGAACGACUGGGCUUCCCAAAGGAGUGGAACUGUCCCAUUCCAACAUAGUAUCAAAUUUAGCGCAAUUUAAUGUCCCAGAGAUAAACUUUAUGGAACAGACAACAGAUAGCUUUCAAGAAGUAACACCGGCCGUUCUUCCUAUGUUUCACAUAUACGGCUUCACAGUUACGACGUUGAAUAUGUUGGUCAAUGGGGUGAAAGUUAUUACGUUACCAAAGUUCACUCCGGAAUUGUACGUUGAUGUUCUGAGAAAUAACGAUGUGUCAAUGUUGUUUGUGGCACCCCCGUUACUUUUAUUUUUGAGCGAAAAUCCGUCAGUGAAGGAAGAAUACUUCAGAUCUUUGAAAGUAGUUCUAUGCGGUGCAGCGCCUCUGGGAGCGCUGGACGAAGAGAGAUUCAUUCAUAAAGCAAAGAAGAAUGUAUAUUUACUCCAAGGUUACGGUCUGACAGAAACAUCGCCGGUCAUUGCAAUGACUACGCGGGACAUAAAGGAAAAAUUACGAGAAAAGACAGAAGGUUCUAUAGGAGUGCCACUGCCUAAUACACAAAUAAAAAUUGCGAACGUGAACGAUUUAUCCGGAAAACCUUUAGGUCCGAACGAAUCAGGGGAAUUACUGGUAAAGGGACCCCAAGUGAUGAGGUGCUACCACAACAACCCAAAAGCUACAGAAGAAAUUUUCUUAGAUGGUUGGCUGCGAACGGGCGAUUUGGCCCAUUACGACGAUUUCGGGCUGCUCUUUAUUACCGACAGAGUGAAAGAGCUGAUUAAGGUCAAGGGUUUUCAAGUAGCCCCAGCGGAACUAGAAGAAGUAAUCAGAGAUUUCCCUACUGUCGGUGACGCGGCAGUAAUAGGAAUACCGCACAAGGAACACGGGGAAGUACCCAGAGCCUAUGUGGUACCGAGAACCAAAGACGACAACAUUAAUUUAGAAGAGUUAAAUAGUUUUGUAAACGAAAAAGUUGCAAAGUACAAACAAUUGAGGGGAGGUGUGCAAAUAGUCAGUGAAAUACCGAAAAAUGCCGCCGGAAAAAUAUUGCGAAGACAAUUAAAACUUAAGUUUCAAAGUGAAAACAUCAAGUAGAGCUUCGUCGGGUGAUGGCACCCAACAUUAUCAAGAUAAAAAGGGACACUUUCAAUCUCGUCUUUGGAUCUAACCCCAUGGCUAUUAGAUGAAUUCAAUAGACACCUUAUCAGCUACUUAUCGCCUUUAUCGCUUUAUGUUUUCGUUGCACCGACGCCUAAACAAAGUUGAUCUGACAGGUUUUGCACUCUAAAGUAUUAAUUAAACUGAGGUGGCUUUUACUUGACGAAAAUCCAUUUAACAAAAUAAAUUAUAUAUAGUCACAUGACAAUUGUUUGAAUAUAUAUAAUUUCGUGAAAAUCUGAACUUUUAGUUCUUAUUUAUUUUGUCUAAAGCAUUAUUUGAAUAAGAGCAUAAAAUAUUUUUGGGCAUUUCGGAAGUAACUACUUUCUUUCCAUUAUUGUCCUUACCUAUGCUGAUAGUAAAGUAAGUAAAAAUUACUAAAUAACAUAUUAAUUCGUUUUUUAUUUUGUCAAAACCUGUUUAUUGUAUUCAUAUUAAACUGGUGUGUACGUUUUUCCAAUUAAAGUCUCAAGUGGCCCAAAAAUAUUUUUUGUUUGGGUUUUUACCAUACAGGGUGUUAAAAAAUUAUCCCCUUGGAUGUACGAAAUAUGAAAUACGUUUAUUACUAUAAAAGUACUUUAAAAGUGGUUCAAGAAAAACUAAUUUCCAGCGGCGUGUUUUAGGAACUUCGUUGGUCCACGAAAAAAAAUUGUAGCAACUUGUCAUCUUAGUUUUUCGUGUUGUGUCUUAUUUCAAAAAUAUUCUCCACAUUUUCCCGGGCGCCCUGUAUAAAAACAAAUAUCAAAUAUUUUAACAAUUUCUGAACGUUCAAUUUUUUGCUCCUUAGGGCAACGAAAAUAACCUGAACCGAUAGCAGAAAUAUUAAUUGCCAUAAAAAAAUUGCCUUUGGAGCAUCGAAAAAAAUUACUUGCCAUUUCUUAGUAUAUUUGACCGAUGCCCAAUAUACCUGUUAGAGCAAAUACCACGUUUGUCAUCACCAGGUGUCACGAAGUGUCUGGAAUGAAUGAGGAAAGAGUUUUACAACGUUCAGAGUAGCAUCGAGAGUGUGCGUUUUUGACUUGUUAAUGUUCGGUGUACUGUCAAUGCAUAUGUGCUAGAAUAAUGUAUACUAAAAAAUAAUUUAUUUUUUUGAAUUUCUACCUUGGAGUUGUAAUUUGUGAAUGGGUAUAAAUAAAUUUGUCGAUUUAGUAACGGAUUUUAAUGAAAUAAA